AUGUCGACCCCUACUCCCAAGUGGUUGCUCUUUGCAAUCGCCAGUGGAGCGUGUGCUGCUUUGAAUGGUGUAUUCGCCAAACUCACAACAACACAUCUGACUACAGCAUGGGCUGAAUCGCUAUCUCAUGUCUUUGGCUUGUCAGGCUCUAGCAAAUUCUUUGAGUUCCUCGUCCGUGGUCUCUUCUUCGUCUUGAAUCUGGUCUUUAACGGCAUCAUGUGGGGUCUCUUCACACGCGCCCUCACCCUCGCCUCGAGUACAACCAGAGUCAGCGUUAUCAACACCUCCGCCAACUUCAUGAUCACCGCCGUCUUGGGCGUCCUCAUCUUCUCCGAGACUCUACCCGGUCUCUGGUUACUCGGGGCUGCAAUGUUGGUCGCCGGAAGUGUCAUUAUUGGCAGAAGAGAAGAAGGCAAAGAGACGGGCGACGCAGGCACUGCAGGUGCUGAACCGACUGUGCUUGCGACGAACAAUUCAGAAACCACUCCCUUCGCCGACGAGCCUGAUGCUCCGUUGGAAGGCCGCGACAACGACCAAGCCUUCAAAGACGCACCCAGCACGCACGAGUUGGAAAAUACAGAUAGAGUGUGGUCAAGUUGA